AUGGCCGGUGGUUGGGAAGUUUCAGCCCCCGAGAUGAUGGCCGUGUGGAGUUGCAGACUGAGUGCCAGCUCUCGGCUCCAGGCUGUCGUUUCGCUGAACUUGCUGCUGCUGAUGGCAGGGAGUACUCAGGGGCAGAUCGAGCCUUUUCUGGUGCACGAAGUGAGCCCGACCUCGGUGCUGCUGGCGAACAGCGGAGUGAGAGUCCCGGUCGGCAGGUGGGUCCACAUCGACCCCAGCAGCGACCUGGUGAUCCAAGUGCGGCCGGGGGAUAGGUGUUUGGUCACGGUGUUGGAGAACGACCCCCUCUCUCAGAGACACGGCAUGUUGUCGCCCAAGAAAUUCCCCUGUGACUUCGGCCCAGAGAAUGUCAAGUACACUCAUUUCGGCUCCAGGAGCCCGAACCGGGACCGUGUGAGGUUGCAACUCAGGUACGAUAGCCAGAGCGACACGAUCAUUGUGCCCUUCAUGCUGGAGGUCGAGGUGGUGUUCCAGCAGCUGCAGAUCCUUACCCGGAACGUCCCGCUGCUCCUCGACAAGUUGAGGGGCACCAGCAACGCGAUCGAUCACAAGGUGCUGGGCUACACCUUCAACAGAGGCUCGGAAAGCUGCAAGCUGGGCGUCCUGCUGGGCGCCAGUGGUCUGCCCAGGUACGGUCGGCUGCUCAAUCUGACCCCGGGUCAGAUGGUGGACUGCGACCGCUUCUUGAGCUCGGGCAUCCGCUAUGAGCACACGGCGUGGGGAACCUCACCCAACAGGGACUACAUCCCCAUGCUGGUGGAGCUGUUGGACUGGCAGGGCAGCCCGCUGAGGCAGGAGUAUUUCCAGGUGAUGGUGAGGAUCCGGGAGGGCGCUGAGAAUACGCCGCCCAAGCCUAGCUUCGAGGCCCUAAUGAUGAUGGAAGUGGACCAGUUCGUGCUGACGGCCAUCACCCCGGACAUGCUGGCGGCUGAGGACCUGGAGACGUCGGCGGACCACCUCGUCUUUACCAUCAGCUCAGGGCUAGGGCCCCGGCAGGGUCACAUCAUCAGCACGGACGACCAGAACCUGGCGAUCACCUCCUUCUCGCAGAGGGAUAUCAGGGAACUGAACAUCGCAUACCAGCCUCCUGGAGGAGACUCAGACGUGGGGAGGAUCUUCCAGCUGGAGCUGGAGGUGGUGGACACCGAGGGAGCCAGGUCAGACAGCUUCGCCUUCAUGUUCCUAGUAAAGCCCAUGAACACGCUGGCGCCGCUGGCCACCAGGAACAGCGGGCAGCUGCUAUUCGAAGGCCAGUCGCGGGCUCUGGCCGGCGGACUCAACCUGCAGCUCAGCAACGAGGACGAGCCGAUCCAGCGGCUCCGGCUGACGGUGGUGGCCGGUCUGAGGCACGGCGAGCUCACCGUGCUGGGCGAGCGCCGCAAGUCGUUCACGGCGGCCGAUGUGGACAGCGGCUUGUUGGUGUACCAGCACGACGACUCGGACACUUACAGCGACAACAUCGUCUUCCGUUUGAGCGAUGGCAGGCAUCAGGUGGAGUUCCUCUUCCCCAUCACUAUUGCACCGACCGAUGAUGAGCCUCCGGUUAUCAACGCCAACACCGGCCUGGUCCUCUUCAAGAACCAGAUGCUGCAGAUCUCCCCGUUUACCCUGAGCGCCACCGACAUCGAUUCGGAGGAUUCCACCAUCCGCUUCGUCCUGCAGCCUCCCUGCUCCAAAAUCGGCGUCUUCCUGCUCAGGCAGUCGGACCUGCCCGACCAACCCUCUUCCUGGACGGCCAUGCCGAGCCAGGAGCUGUACGAGAAGAUGGUGACCGAGUGGUCCCAGCAGGACAUCCUGGACGGUAAGUUGUACUACCGCCACAUCGGGCCUCAAAGCAGCAGCACGCUGACCGACACAUUCACCUUCCGGGUACAGGACGACAACGACCCGCCCAACCAGUCCGGCGAGCACACCUUCACCGUGAAAAUCCAACCGAUUGACGAUAUCCCGCCAGAACUGUUCCCGGGCAGCCUCCUCCAAAUGGAGGUGAAGGAAUACGAGCUCACCCACUUCAGGAAGAAGUUCCUGCGCUACACUGACCUGGAUUCCGACGCUGAGAACCAUCCGGUCAAGACCGGGAGGAUCGUUCUGACCGAAAACCCCGCGGUGGUUCUCACCGAGUUCACCCAGGCCCAAGUGAAUCACCACAAGGUCGCCUACAGGCCCCCAAACCAGGAGCUGGGCAUCACUCCCCGAGUGAUCCAAUGGACCUACUUGGUGGAGGACACUGCGGGCAAUUCUGUGCAGGGCACUUUCACAAAAUUUUUACAGCCAGUGGACAAUAAACCUCCUCAGAUCACUAACACUGGUUUCACUGUACACGAACGGGGUCACUUUAUUUUAACCAGAGCAGAGGUAGAUGCCACUGAUCAGGAUACUGAGGAGGACAAAAUAACAUUCACCUUGACACAAGUUCCAAAGCAUGGCCAUUUACAAUAUGUAGGCAUCACAAUUUCUGUAGGUGAAGCAUUUAUCUUGGAUGAUAUUGCAAGUGGCCGGAUUGUGUACUGGCAUAGUGGUGAUGAGUCUACAAAUGAUUCAUUUAAAAUAGACGUUGGCGACAGGGUCCAUAAAGUGCCAGUUACUAUCAGAGUUACAGUCCGACCAGUAGAUGAUGAGAUACCAACUAUUAUGCUUCCUGAAGGGCUGCUUGGCUCUCACAUCGAUGUUCUUGAGAAUGGGGCCACCAAAAUUACCACUAAUGUUAUCCAGGGCACUGAUGAAGAUACUGAUGACUUAAUGUUGACCUUCAUAGUGGAAGAACCCCCUAAACUUGGUGAGGUAUUAGUCAACGGAUUAUUAGCGGAGAGGUUCACCCAGGAGGAUAUCAUCAAUGGUGUGGUGGUGUAUGCUCAUACCAGUGGGGAAAUUGGGACUCAGAAGAAAAAUGAUUCCUUCAACUUGACUAUAUCUGACAUGUCAAAUGAAUGGAUUGUUGGUGGAAACAAAGUUCAUGGAGUCAGAGUUCAAGUCACUAUUUUGCCUGUGGACAGUGUGGUACCUGAGGUCAUUAUUGGUGUGCAAUAUACUGUUUUAGAGGGGGACAAGAAUGUCAUUACACUGGUAAACCUUAAUGCUGAAGAUUUAGAUACUCCUAAAGAUGAUAUUUUGUGCACAAUCAUUGUUCAAUCUACUUUUGGAUAUGUUGAAAAUAUUUCUCCAGCUUCUGGGUCUGAGAAGUCAAGGAUUGGCACUGCCAUUAGUGCAUUUACAAUUAAAGACAUUCAAGAUCAGCAUAUCUAAUACGUGCAAAGCAUUCACAAAGAUGUCGAAAAGAUCGAGGACAGGUUCACCUUCCGUUGUUCAGAUGGCAUUAAUUUCUCUCGGCGUCACUUCUUCCCAAUAGUCAUCAUUCCAACUAAUGGCGAACAGCCAGAGAUUUUAAUCCGUGAGUUUGUUGUGAUGGAGGGGAUGAGCCUUGUUGUCGACACUCCAAUUUUGAAUGCAGCUGAUGCAGACAUCCCUGCUAAUGAGCUUUAUUAUAUAAUCAAGCCAUCUAAACAUGGGCAGAUUAUGCAACAAUUAGCACAAGGUACUCUUCCAGUCAAAAAUUUUACCCUAGAGGAAAUUUCAGUUGGUUCAAAAAUUGUAUAUGAACAUGAUGAUUCUGAGACCAAAGAAGACAGCUUUGACAUUAGACUGACAGAUGGCAAACAUACAGUGGAUAAGACAGUCCUCAUCAUGAUCAUUCUUGUUGAUGAUGAAACACCACAGAUGGCCAUUAAUAAUGGUCUGGAAGUUGAAAUAGGUGAAACAAAGCUGAUAACCAACAGAAUCCUAAAAGCAACAGACUUAGAUUCAGAUGACAAAACAUUGACUUACACCAAUAGUUAUAGCCAAAAUCAAGGUUUAUUGCAGCAUCUGAUGAAAGAUGGUGAUGUGCUUCAGAAUAUCACUGUUGGCAUGAAUUUUACUCAGGAUGAAAUUGAUAAAGGAUUGAUUCAGUAUGUGCACACUGGCCAAGAAGGAGUACGUGAUCUCAUUAAAUUUGAUGUAACGGAUGGCAUCAACACCCGAAUUGACCGUUAUUUCAUUAUUACCAUUGGCAGCAUUGAUAUGUUAUUCCCAGAAGUAAUUAACAAAGGAGUUACACUGAAGGAAGGCGGGAAGGUUACACUGACCACUGACUUACUGAGUACCAGUGAUAUUAAUAGCCCUGAUGAAUACUUAAGAUUCAGCAUCACACGUGCCCCAAGUCAUGGUCAUCUAGAGAAGACUGAUAAUCCUGGUGACCCAAUUACCUCCUUCACUCAGUUACAAUUAGCAGGAAACAAAACCUAUCACAUCCACAUCUCAGAUGAUGAAAUUAAAAUAGACAGUUUUGAGUUUGAGGUGACUGAUGGUUACAAUCCAGUUUUUCGUACUUUUUGCGUUUCAAUAACGGAUGUAGACAAUAAGAAACCCAUACUCAAGGUUAACGAUCUUGUUGUGAGUGAAGGGAAAAUGAAACUUAUCACUCCAUUUGAACUCACAGUUGAGGACCGUGACGCUCCAGACUAUCAUCUACAUUUCACAAUCACCCAAGUUCCUGUUCAUGGUCAAUUGUUAUUUAAUGGGAGCCAACCAAUCUCAAGCUUCACCAAGCAGGAUCUCAACGAAAAUCUUAUUAGCUACAGGCAUGAUGGCACGGAGACGUUUGAAGACAGCUUCUCUUUCACAAUAACUGAUGGCGCACACACUGAAUAUUAUGUUUUCCCAGAUACUGUGUUUGAAACCCGCAGGCCUCAGAUGAUGAAGAUCCAAAUAUCAGCAGUUGAUAAUAGUAUUCCACAAGUUGUUGUCAAUAAAGGGGCUCCAACCGUUCGAAUUAUGCACACUGGUCUCCUUGGGUUUCUGAUUUCCAGCAAGGCACUGAAGGCCGAAGACCGCGAUAGCCCACACAAGUGCCUGAAGUUUAGGAUUACAGAGGGGCCAGAGCAUGGCUACAUCAUUAACACUAAUUUGGGUAAUGACAGUGUCACCACAUUCAGCCAAGCUGAUAUUGAUGACAUGAAGAUCUUCUAUGUUUUGCAUGAAGGUGACAACGCAACAAGUGAUAUUUUCUACUUCUCCAUUGAAGAUGCUGGAGGAAACAAAUUGAAGAGUCAAUCAUUCCGUCUGAACUGGGCUUGGAUUUCCUUAGAGAGAGAAUAUUACCUAGUGGAUGAGGACUCCAGGUUUCUAGAAGUGACAUUGAAACGAAGAGGCUACUUAGGAGAAACAUCCUUCAUUGGUAUUGCCACCAAGGACGGCAGUGCUGAAAAAGAUAAGGAUUUCAAAGGGAAGUCCCAGAAACAGGUCCAAUUCAAUCCAGGCCAGUCCACUGCUGCCUGGAGAGUGAAAAUACUUGCUGAUAAUGAAUAUGAGACUUCUGAAACAUUCCAGAUUAUUCUUUCUGACCCUGUCAUGGCUGCUUUGGAAUUCCCAGAGGUUGCUACAGUUGAGAUUGUUGAUCCUGGUGACGAAUCAACAGUUUACAUUCCCCACUCAGAAUACACAAUUGAGGAGGAUACUGGUGAAGUGUUUAUUCCUGUGCAGAGAUCAGGUGAUUUUAGCCAGGAGCUCAUGGUCAUCUGCUUCACACCGCAAGAUACAGCCACGGGGACUAUUCCAAGUACUGUCUUGUCCUAUUCUGACUUCAUCACCCGUCCGGAGGAUCACAUCAGUAUAAUUCGAUUUGACAAAGAUGAAACAGAAAAAUUCUGUAGCAUUGUCAUCAUCGAUGAUGCACUGUACGAAGAGGAUGAGAGCUUCAACAUCACACUCAGCAUGCCCAUGGGUGGUCAGGUUGGCAAACAAUACCCCACCUCUCAUGCCAUCAUUCUUCCAGUUAUGGCUGAUGAACCUGCAUUCUACUUUGGAAACACUAAAUAUCAGGUUGAUGAAAGUGCUGGCUAUGUGGAGGUGUAUAUCUGGAGAACAGGAACUGACUUGUCGAAGACUGCUACUGUAACUGUGCGUUCCUGCGAAACUGAACCAAUGUCCGCAGAAGCUGGAGUUGAUUAUGUUGGAAUCAGUCGAAAUUUGGACUUUGCCCCAGGUGUCACGAUGCAGACAUUCCGUGUUACUGUUCUGGAUGACCUGGGCCAGCCUGUUCUCGAGGGGCCUGAGAAUUUUGAACUUGUACUCCGUAUGCCAAUGAAUGCAGUACUUGGUGAGCCCAGCAAGACAACGGUCACCAUUAAUGAUUCCAAAUCUAACUUGACCAAGAUGCAAUUCAAAGAAUCCCAGUAUGUGGGAAAAGAAAAAAUUGGCAAGAUCACAGCAAUUGUGUACCGCAGUGGUGACAUCAGUUACAAGGCCACUGUGCGCUGUUAUACUUGUCAAGGCUCUGCUCAGGUUAUGAGUGAUUAUGAGGAAAGGCCAAACACAGAUGCUUCUAUCAUUACUUUCCAGCCUGGGGAGGUAGAAAAGUCCUGCACUGUCCCUCUGGUGGAUGAUACUAUUUAUGAAGAAGAGGAGGAGUUCUGUCUGGUACUUGGGACACCCCGAAGUGAAUCAUCAUUUGGGGCUUCUGUUCGAGAACAAAAUGAAACUCUAAUCAAGAUCAAAGAUGAAGGAGACAAAUCAAUUAUAAAGUUUGCUGAAACAAAGUACAGCAUUCAGGAACCUCAAGAAGCUGAAGAGUUAGCGAUUGUAACAAUCCCAGUUCUACGUCUAGGUGACGCAUCAAAGGUUUCCAUUGUACGAGUUCACACAAAGGAUGGCUCAGCAACAUCUGGUGAAGACUACAAUCCAUUAUCUGAAGAUAUCGAGUUUAAAGAAGGGGAGGCUGAACAUUUUAUAGAGAUAGAGGUUGUGUUUGAUGGAGUGAGAGAGAUGAGAGAAGCUUUCACUAUUCAUUUGAAGCCUGAUGAAAACAUGGUAGCUGAAACACAGAUGAGCAAAGCUAUUGUGUACAUUGAGGAAAUGGACAGUGUGGCUGACGUCACCUUCCCAGCUAUUCCACAAGUUAUCUCACUCCUGAUGUACGAUGACACUGCAAAAGCAAGCGAAACUCCCAAUCCACCUGCUGGUUACCCUGUAGUCUGUGUCACGGCCUGUAAUCCAAAAUAUUCAGACUAUGAUAAGACUGGCUCGAUCUGUUCAGCUGAGAAUAUCAAUGACACUUUGACUCAAUACCGUUGGCUUCUCAGUGCUCCCAGUGGCCUCGAUGGAGUGACCAGCCCCAUGCAUGAAGUAGAUUCCAACACAUUUUUCGCCAGCACCAAACUCAUCACCUUAGAUCCAAUCUACUUCCAGGCAGGCUCCAGGGUGCAGUGUGCUGCCAGGGCUUUCACUGCUGCUGGUGAAGCUGGUCUGGAGCUUCUCAGCCCCAUCAGUACAGUCAGCAAAGAAGAUGGUCUUUGCCAGUCACGUAUUCUGGGAACAGUUGGAGCAGAGCCUUUCUCUGCAAAGUUGCGUUACACAGCCUCAGAUGAUCCUGACCAUCCGAACCUUAUCAAGCUGACUGUGAUCACACCUCACAUGGAUGGCAUGCUCCCUGUCAUCUCAACUCGGCCACUGUCCAACUUUGAGUUGACCUUAAGCCUAGAUGGCACUCGAGUUGGUAACCAUAAAUGUUCCAAUCUGUUAGAUCACAAUGAAGUCUGCACCAAUUAUGGCUUCAUCAAUGAUGCCACAAAGAACCUUGAAGUGAUUGGAGAAACAUAUCCAUAUCAAUGCAGCACUUCUCUGCGUUCUGCAAGUACCCUUCGAUUCUACCAAAACCUCAAUCUUGAAGCAUGUCUCUGGAAAUUCACGAGCUACUAUGACAUGUCUGAACUUCUAACAGACUGUGAAGGCACCAUUGGAACUGAUGGACAGGUCCUGAAUUUAGUCCAAUCUUAUGUCACUCUUCACGUCCCUCUUUACGUCUCCCACAUCUUCCACUCCCCUGCCGCUGUUGGUGGCUGGCAGCACUUUGACCUGCAAUCUGAACUGAAGCUAACCUUUGUGUAUGAUACUGCCAUCUUGUGGAAAGAUGGUAUUGGCAGCCCCCCAGAGGCUGAGCUACAAGGUGCUUUGUGUCCAACCAGCAUGAGAAUUAAUGAAGAAGGGCGGCUGGUGGUAAAUUUCAAGACAGAGGUUCGAUUCAGAGGCCAGUUUGUCAUGUCACAUCCUGGCACCUCAUUGACAUCGAUGGUAAUGUCUGCUGAUCACUCCGGCCUCACAUUCACACUUAGUCUCGUGCGCAGUGAGCCAACCUACAACAAGCCAACACAGCAAUGGAGUUUCAUCUCUGAUUUUGCUAUCAGAGACUACUCAGGUACAUAUACAGUGAAAUUUAUCCCAUGCAGCUCAGCGCCAAACCAGGAAUAUAAUCUGCCAGUUGUCUGUAAUCCACGAGAACCUAUUACAUUUGAUCUGGAUAUUCGAUUCCAACAGGUGAGUGACCCUGUGGCUGUUGAGUUUAGCCUGAAUACCCAGAUGAUCCUGUUGUCCAAGAGAGAGCUUUGGCUGUCUGAUGGCUCAAUGGGAUUUGGAGAAGGAACAGACGUUGCAUUUUCCGAAGGUUCAGUCAUUUAUGGACGUGACAUGAUGGACCCAGUUCAGAACCUUGGAGAUUCAUUCAUCUGCAACAUUGAGAAAGUUUUCUUAUGUACUGGUGCUGAUGGAUAUGUUCCCAAAUACAGUCCAACAAAUCAUGAAUUUGGUUGUCUGGCUGACUCCUUAUCUUUAUUGUACAGGUUUAAGAUUCUGGACAAAGCUCAGCCUGAGUCCCAAGCUCCAGCCUUUGGUGAUGUCCCUUUUGAUGCCAGGUUGGCUGUUGAUAUGCCAGAUGCAUUACCACUUGUGAAACAGCCAGGAUCUGAUGGUUUCAGCUUCGCUUCUGCUCCGCUUUUCCGGGUGGCUGCUGGCCGAGAGUGGUACAUCCAUGUUAUUUACACAGUCCGUUCCAAAGAGAAUGCCAGGAGAGGAAUCGGCAAGAGAAGUUUGACAUUUCUGCACCAUUUAGUGUCCACCACAGGAAGUUUUUUUAACAGCCUGGGAUUGAACCACAGCCGACGAUCAGCACCAAGGAAACCUGAUCUCGUGCAAGAUAUUGGAGUGGAGAACAACCGAGGCACUAAUAUCCAGCACAUAGCCAAUAAAAUCAUCAUCACCCAGAAGGACUACCCGCCCCAUGGGGAGCAGUACCAGAGGCCACAUCUGCCUACCACCAGCAAAGAGUCUGAAGAUCGCAUCCUCCCCAUGGUAGGUGGAGCUGGGGGAUUGCUGCUCUUAGUUUGUAUGGCCACCACAAUCUUUUUAUUGAAGCACAGAAAGAACACUGCCAAUGGGAAACAGUCAUCAAAUGAGAAACGGGCUGGGAGCAAUGAAAUGAUGACCGCAGGGCAAAGCUACAACAGUGACAGUUCAGAGGUGUAAUAAAGCUGACAACUGUCACUGUUACUACACCCUAUUCAAAAAGUGUUUUGAAAAGCGAAAAAUCUCAGUGCCUUAUCCAACAGUGCCUUGCAUGAACACUUGGAGCAACUACAGGAAAUGACUGUUGAGACUUGAAGUAAAAACUGUAAAACUUCUCUUAUGGUACAUCUUGCAAA